UCGAGUUCGAUGAAAAGUUAACAAUAAUUAUAACACAAAAAUUAAUAAAAUAUUCUGUCGUUUUAAAUCCACCACAAGAGAUGAUGAUCAUCACACCCAUCUUUACACACACCAACACCAGAAAAUGGCGCUCACUACUUCUUCAACUCCACCUCUGCUCAACGACUUGAAGCUCUCUUCACAUUCACCCCACCGACUUCUUCGAUCUCACAACACCCACUUAUCUAACCCCACCCAUCUCCUCAGUUUCCCCCAAAUUAGCACCUCACUUUCACAAUUCAACACACGCCCUUUGUUCAAUAACAUGCCCUUGAUUUCAUCCAGAAAGAAGGUUAGGGCAUCUUCAGCAGCUGGUGAAGAAGCAUAUCAAGAUGAGUUCUCUUGGUCUUCAGUUAUUUUGCCAUUUUUAUUCCCAGCAUUGGGCGGUUUAUUAUUUGGGUAUGAUAUUGGUGCAACCUCUGGUGCUACCCUCUCAUUACAGUCACCAGAGCUUAGUGGCACAACAUGGUUUAAUCUUUCGGCUGUUCAACUUGGUCUCGUGGUCUCUGGCUCUCUGUAUGGAGCUCUUUUUGGUUCUAUACUGGUUUACCCAAUUGCAGAUUUUCUCGGUAGGAAGCGUGAACUUCUUGUAGCGGCUCUACUAUAUUUUCUUGGUGGUUCUAUCACGUCCUAUGCUCCCGAUCUUAACAUUCUCUUAAUAGGCCGAGUUCUUUACGGUUUAGGUAUCGGUUUGGCUAUGCAUGGUGCGCCCCUUUAUAUUGCCGAGACUUGCCCGUCUCAAAUCCGCGGGACUUUAGUUUCUUUAAAAGAACUUUUUAUAGUUCUUGGAAUCUUGCUUGGUUACUUUGUAGGCAGUUUUCAGAUCAAUGCUGUUGGUGGUUGGCGUUAUAUGUUCGGUUUUAGUGCCCCCGUUGCUCUUUUAAUGGGGUUAGGUGUGUGGGGCCUACCUCCAUCUCCAAGAUGGCUACUUUUAAGAGCCGUUCAAGGUAAAGCAUCUUUGCAAGAGUACAAAGAAAAAGCCAUGGUUGCCUUAAGUAAGCUUAGGGGCCGUCCAGCUGGCGAUAAGGUUUCUGAAAAACAAAUCGAGGACACUCUUGUAUCGUUAAAAUCGGCUUAUGGCAGUGAUCAAGAAGAAGGGAGUGUUUUCGAGGUUUUUCAAGGCCCGAGCUUGAAAGCGUUUGUGAUCGGUGGAGGUUUGGUCCUUUUUCAGCAAAUAACCGGACAACCUAGUGUUUUAUACUAUGCUGGUCAAAUCCUUCAGACUGCUGGAUUCUCUGCGGCUGCUGAUGCAACACGAGUUUCAGUGGUUAUUGGUGUCUUCAAGCUGCUAAUGACAAGUGUAGCCAUUCUGAAGGUUGAUGAUCUUGGGAGAAAACCUUUGCUUAUUGGAGGAAUUAGUGGAAUUACCGUCUCGUUACUACUCCUUUCGGCCUAUUACAAAUUUCUUGGAGGGUUUCCAUUGGUUGCCGUUGGUGCUCUACUUCUUUAUGUUGGAUGCUACCAAAUAUCUUUUGGACCGAUAAGUUGGCUUAUGGUAUCCGAAAUAUUCCCUCUUCGCACAAGAGGAAAAGGAAUUAGUCUUGCGGUUUUAACAAACUUCGGUUCAAAUGCAUUAGUAACCUUUGCUUUCUCUCCAUUAAAGGAGCUACUCGGUGCCGAAAAUCUUUUUCUCCUUUUCGGAGCAAUUGCUUUGCUAUCGCUUGCGUUCGUGCUACUGUAUGUUCCCGAAACAAAAGGGCUGAGCUUGGAAGAUAUUGAAAACAAAAUCUUGAAAUGAGAUGUUGGUUGACUUUUGGACUUUAGAAAAGUCAAACUAUUCUUGUUGUGUUUUAUGUUUUUAAAAUGGUGUUCAUUUCAAUUUGCGGAUUUGGUUUUGGUUCUCAGGUUUUGCUUUUCGUUUCUUUGUUCGUGUAAUUUCUUAACACACAAAAGUAAACGGAAAACAAACCAGAGGCACAAAACUAUAAUCCCUUUUGAGUGAACACCAAAUAUGUUAUGAGUUUUUUUUUUAUAUGUAUGUAUGUAUGUAUAUGUACAUGUUUUUGCACAUUGUACAUUACUCAUGUGUAAUGCAUUGAAUGGAAGGUCACACAAUUGUGAUGCUAAAUCAUAAGUGAGGUGUUUAAAUAA